AUGGAGCACUUUCAGGUACACGAUCCAGCCUUCCACACGCUCACAGGGGACGCCCCCAAACUCGAGCUCCUGCUCGAGAAGGAUUACCCUUUCGCUCAUGAAGCCGGCGUGUUUAUUCCCGAGAAAAACGAGCUGUUCAUCACAAGCGGCCAGUUAGUCGACGCAGCAGGUCGUCGCAGAGUGCAGAUAUCCAAGAUCAUUUUUCGGCAGGAUGGGAGCGUGCAGAGCGAGGAGAUCAGUUGUCCCAGCGUCGAGAUGGCCAAUGGAGGUGUCAAUUAUAACGAGCAGAAGUGGUUGGUCUGUGCCCAAGGCUCGGGAUCCGGCCCUGGUGGCCUCUACUUUGUAGACAUCGACCCUCCUUACAAGGCCGAGCCGGUCGUGGCGGAUUUUUACGGACGGCCGUUCAACGCGGUCAACGACGUCGUCGUCCACAGCGACGGAAGCAUCUGGUUCACCGAUCCCUGCUACGGCUUCGACGGAGGCUUCAAACCCAAACCGCGUCUUCCAAAUCAGGUCUACAGGUACGAUCCGACAACACGCGGCAUUCGAGCCAUGGCGGAUGGGUUCGGCAGACCGAACGGGAUCUGUUUCUCACCGGACGAGAAGACCGUUUACGUGACCGACACCGACUGGAUUCGAGGGUUGGGCAACCUGGAUGACACCAGAGCAGCUACAAUAUACGCGUUCGACGUCCAGCACUACGCCGGCCAACCGUUCCUGACGAACCGACGGCUGUUUGCGUUCUGCGACACGGGCAUUCCUGACGGCAUCAAGUGCGACAUGGACGGCAACGUGUACAGCGGAUGCGGUGACGGCGUCCACGUCUGGUCGGCGGGGGGAGUUUUGCUGGGGAAAAUCCGCGUGCGGGGCGGCGUGGCCAACUUCUGCUUCGGUCGGUCGGGGGAGAUGUUUCUGCUGAAUGAAACGAGGCUGUGGCGAGCCCAGCUGGCCGGGACGGUUCGCGGGGCCCUCCUCAAGCUAUAGAAGCCUUCUAACGCAAAACUUUACCCGAGGUGUUUGGAUAGCCGGCAUUCCGUAGAGAAGAAGGUGGGUCGGCAUAAUUAC